GUCGUACGAUCAUACACAAACACGCUGCAGACGAAAAGCUUUCUUCAUCACUCUCUCUCGGAGUAGAAUGAAACUGUGAGAGAAAGCCCUAAAACCCACCACCGCGAAGAAAGAUGGAUCGCAAGGGAAAGGGAAAACAGAUCGCCGGAGCUGGAUCCUCUUCCGGAAAGAAACGAAAAGGAGGAGUCGAGUUUAGAGACGAAGGCUUGAGGAUUAGCAGUAAGCGUAAAAAACCAGGGGUUCUUCAGUUCUUCGAGGAAUCCGCCGAGGUUGGUUACUAUGGAGGUAGCUCCGACGAGGAAUGCGACAUGGAUGAUUUAUUUAACGAUAUGGAAGAUGAGCCUGAGGUGGAGACAAGUGGAAAGGAUGACAAGGGGGGAAAGGGAAAAGGCAGCUCUUCCUUUGUUUUCCCUAAGGAAGAGGAGAUGAAUGAGGAUGACUACGAUAGAAUGAUGGAAGAAAGAUACAAGCCUGGUUCUGGGUUUGUUAGAUAUGCUGCUGAUGAUGUGAAAAGUUCCAUCGAGAUGGAUGCUCUUGUUCCUACUGCUCAUGAUCCUCCGAUAUGGAAAAUAAAGUGUGCGAUUGGAAGGGAGAAGCAUUCAGUCUUCUGUCUCAUGCACAAAUUUGUAGAGCUGCGGAAGAUAGGGACCAAACUACGGAUCUUGUCCGUGUUCUUUGUGGAGCAUGUCAAGGGGUUUAUCUUCAUAGAAGCUGACAAGGAACAGGAUGUUCUUGAGGCAUGCAUGAGUUUGAAUGGCAUCUACGCCACUCGGAUGAUGCUACUUCCUAAAUCUGAAGCUCCACAUCUGCUUACUGUACAAAGAAAAACCAAAACCUUUUCCGAGGGAACAUGGGCUCGUAUUAAGAGUGGUAAAUACAAAGGAGAUCUUGCUCAGGUUGUGGCUGUGAGUGACACUCGGGGAAAAGCUCUGAUAAAGUUGAUUCCAAGGAUUGAUAUAGCGGCACUGACCCAAAAAUAUGGUGGAGGUGUUGCUGUCCAAAAAGGCCUGAACCCAGCUCCAAGAUUGAUCAGCUCAAGCGAGCUUGAGGAGUUCAGACCCAUCAUUCAAGUGAGACGUGAUCGUGACACUGGAAUGACUUUUGAGCAUCUUGAUAGCCUGAUGCUGAAAGAUGGCUUCGUGUACAAAAAAGUAUCCUUGGAUUCACUCACUUCCUGUGGGGUUAAACCGUCAAAGGAGGAGAUACUAAAAUUCACUCCUUUAGAAGAGAAAGAAACUGGUGACGUGGAGUGGAUUUCCGAAAUUUAUGGUGAAGAAAAGAAGAAGAAGAAGAGUAUUCCCGCUGGCAAAGGGGUUGAGAAAGGAGAAGCAUCAGGGGGUGGAAAAGGAGAAGGAUCUUCAGAAUCUCAGUCAGAGAGUAGCCAUGAGUUAUAUAAUCUAGUUUGUUUCAGUCGAAAAGACUUUGGUCUGAUUGUGGGAGUGGAUGACAAAGGUGACGGUUACAAGGUUCUGAAAGAAGGUUCUGAUGGACCUGUUGUAGUCAGUGUUGGAAAAAAGGAGAUGCAGGAACCGUUCGAUUCAAAAUUUUCUGCCCUGGAUCUAAAUAACAAACAGAUUUCGAUCGGUGAUGUUGUGAAGAUAGCCAAAGGCCCAUCUGAGGGUAAACAAGGAGCUGUGAGGCAAGUGUACAGAGGGAUUAUAUUUCUUUAUGCGGAGGGUGAGGAAGAAAAUGGUGGAUACUUGUGUUGCAAAUCACAAUCGUGUGAGAAAGUUAAACUUUUUACUGAAGAAUCCAAUGACAAGACUGGUGGAUUUGACGCUUCUGCUUUUGGAGAUUCUACAUCCUCUCCGAAAUCGCCACUAUCUCCUGAAAAAGAGUGGCAGCAGCAGCCCAAGGAGAAAUACAUUAACUCCAACCAGGGAGACAAAGGUAGCAUGUAUUCUAUAGGCCAAAAGCUGAGGAUACGUGUAGGUCCACUGAAGGGUUAUCUCUGCCGUGUAAUAGGGUUGCGUUAUUCUGAUAUUACAGUCAAACUCGAUUCCCAGCAUAAAAUUUUCACAGUUAAAAGUGAGCAUCUUGCUGAGGUUCGUGAUAGAAAUACUAUGCCAAGUACGAGUGUGGAUGCUGGGAUGGGUUCCUUUCAACAAUUUGACAUGCUUGGAACAACAGAAGGCAACAAUGGAGACUGGGCAAAAGGAGCAGGCACGUCUGAAGAUAACACUUCAACGUGGGGCAACACAGCAGCUGAGAACAAACCUGACUCUGCUGGUGAUCAAUCAGGUGGUUGGAAUGCCUGGGGUAAACCGCCUGCUCCUGAAGCUAGCACUGUUGGUGUUUGGGGAGAUGCAUGUGCUCCAAAAGUUGAAGCUUCUUGGGGAAAACAAGGAGCUUCAACUUCCAAUGUUGAAGAUUCAGGUUCUUGGGGUGAGCAUGGUGGAAGCUCUGAUGGUAACAAACAAAACGAUGACUCAGUAUGGGGUAAACUAGUUGAAGAAUCAAGCCAGAAGAAAGAAGAAUCUUCUUGGGGAAAGAAAACGGGAUCAGAUUCUGAUUUGGGAAAAGGAAAUGGAGAAUCUACUUGGGGCAACAAAGAUGGAAAUUCCAGCGCAAGUAACAAAGAGGGAGUUUCCUGGGGGCAACAGGAUAAAGGCUCUGACGGGAACCAGGGAGGAUCAUCGUGGGGUAAGAAGAACGACAGUGUUAAAGAUGAUGGAGGGUCUUCUUGGGGUAAGAAGGAUGAUGGAGGCUCAACGUGGGGUAAGAAGGACGAUGGAGGAUCUUCAUGGGGUAAAAAGGUUGAUGACGUUAUCAAGGAUGGAGGAUCAUCUUGGGGCAAAAAGGUUGAGGGUAAUAAGGAUGAUGGAGGAUCAUCUUGGGUUAAAAAGGUUGACUGUAAUAAGGAUGAUGGAGAAUCAGCUUGGGGUAAAAAGGUUGACUGUAACAAGGAUGAUGGAGGAUCAGCUUGGGGUAAAAAGGUUGACUGUAACAAGGAUGAUGGAGGAUCGUCUUGGGGCAAAAAGGAUGACGGUAAUAAGGAUGAAGGAUCGUCUUGGGGUAAAAAGGUUGAGAGUGGAUAUUCUUGGGGGAACAAAGAUGGUGGUUCUUCUUGGGCCAAAAAGGACGAUGGGGGAUCUUCAUGGGGUAAAAAGGAUGAUGGAGGGUACCCAGAACAAACAUUUGAUAGGGGAGGACGUGAGUUUGGUGGUAGAAGAGGUGGCGGUCGUCGAGGUGGUAGGGAUCAGUUUGGGAGGGGAAGAUCCUUUGGUCAUUCGGAGGAUCAAGCUCCAUGGAGUAAACCAGGUGGUGGUGGCGGUUCAAGCUGGGGUAAGCAAGACAAUGGUGGAGGCGGUUCAAGCUGGGGUAAAGAUAAUGAUGCUGGUGGUGGAUCUAGCUGGAGCAAGCAAAAUAAUGCUGGUGGUGGCGGCGGUUCAAGCUGGAGUAAAGAUAAUGAUGCUGGUGGUGGUGGUGGAUCUAGCUGGGGCAAGCAGAAUAAUGCUGGUGGUGGCGGCGGUUCAAGCUGGAUUAAAGAUAAUGAUGCUGGUGGUGGAUCUAGCUGGGGCAAGCAGAAUAAUUCUGGUGGUGGCGGUUCAAACUGGGGUCAAGAGAAGGAUGCUGGUGGUGGAUCCAGCUGGGGUAAGCAAGGCAGUGAUGCCGGAGGCUCUAGCUGGGGGAAGAAAAAUGAUGCUGGUGGUGGCGGUUCAAGCUGGGGAAAGCAAGGCAGUGAUGGGGGAGGCUCUAGCUGGGGGAAGAAAAGUGAUGUUGGUGGUGGUGGUUCAAGCUUUGGUCAAGAGAAUAAUGCUGGUGGUGGAUCGAGCUGGGGAAAGCAAGGCAGUGACGGCGGAGGGUCUAGCUGGGGGAAGAAAAAUGAUGCUGGUGGUGGCGGCGGUUCAAGCUGGGGUCAACAGGGUGGUGGUGGUGGUUCUGCUUGGGGUAAGCAGAACAACGAUGGUGGUGGAGGACAAAGCUGGUCCAAACAAGAUGAUGGCGGUUCUAAACCGUGGGGAGAACAGAGUGGUGGUCGUGGGUUUGGAGGAAGAAGAGGAGGGGGAUUCCGAGGAGGUUUCCGCGGAGGUAGAAACCAAUCAGGUAGAGAUGGAGGAGGACGCUCGUUUGAAUCUUCUGGCUGGAAGAGAGACAAUCAAGAAAACACCACUUGGAAGAGCAACAACCAGAGUGGUGGAUCAGACUGGAAAAAAGGGUGGGGAGAGGAUUCAAACAGUGCAAAGCCAUCUGAUUCAUCAUCAGCUGGUGGAAACUGGGGUAGCUGGGAUACUAGUUCCAAGAAAGAAACCAAUGCUGGUGGAGCCUGGGGUAGUAACUCAAAGAAGGAAACCAUUGCUGGUGAUGGUGACAAGCCAAGCAAUGAAAACAAAGCAGCAGCUUGGGGAACCGCUAAUGAUCAGGAGAAUGCAGGAAACAACAAUGAUGGUUGGGGCAAAAAGCCAAGUGAUGAUGUUAAAACGAGUGGAGAAGCUGAUAAUGCAUGGGGAGGCAAAACAAACGCAGGAGCAUCGUCAUCAAGUGGCUCUGCGUGGUGAACCGGAGCCAAAAAAAAUCCGGAUGGUAAUAAAAAGUCCUGAAGUGACUUGUAAGUAGGUUUCACUAUCUCUCUAUCUAGUCUAUAAGCCCAUGUUUAGUUGAAACGCUACGAAGUGUCUCUCUUUUUAGUCUUCUGUGGGCUUUCUCUUGUUAUUGUUAAUGACCCUCGAGGUUUGAAAAACUCUUAGGUUUGUUUAUGGCCGUGACUAAAGGCUCAUCAAGGAGACAAGGACUGGUUAUGUAGCUCUGUUGACUUUUGUGACAUAUCGGAGUUUCAUUUUCA